AUGGCAUCGAUUUUAUAUUUCCGUCGUGUCCUCUUCUGUUCUGCUCUGUUUCUUCUCUUUUUCAUCAGUCUCUUUGAGUUUCUCACAGACUUCGAUCUCGAGAGGACACAUACUCCCACAGAGAGUUUGAACCUAACAAUGUCUUCAUUAACAUGCACUAAAUUAACUCUAUUCACAGUAAUUGCAGUGUUCAUUCAAAUCAUUGGUCUCUUACUCUUCGUUUUAGGGUUCUUCCCCGUCAAAUCAGCUCUCUCUGGCGUCAGUGGUGUGGAGAGUUAUCGUCCACCGGGGUGUAGUUCUGUUCAAAAUCAAAAUGUAACAACUCCGAUUUCUCAUGAGCUCCAUAGAUCGCUAUAUCGGGAAUUAUCUGAGAUCCCUCCUUUAUUUGACCGGUUAAUAUUAAUGGUUAUUGAUGGUCUUCCAGCAGAGUUUGUGCUUGGAAAAGAUGGUAAGCCGCCACCCAAGGCUUUGGUGGAAGCUAUGCCAUUCACCCAGUCAUUGUUGGCUAAGGGAAUGGCAAUUGGUUACCAUGCGAAGGCGGCUUCUCCAACUGUUACAAUGCCACGCUUAAAGGCUGUGGUAUCAGGAGCGAUUGGGGGAUUUUUGGACAUUGCAUUCAACUUCAAUACACAAGCCCUUUCAGAUGACAAUCUUAUUGGGCAGUUUUUUAGAAUUGGUUGGAAAAUGGUGAUGCUUGGUGAUGAGACCUGGCUUAAGUUGUUUCCAGGAUUAUUUACAAGGCAUGAUGGAGUUAGCAGUUUCUUUGUUAAAGAUACGGUACACGUGGAUCACAAUGUUUCUCGACAUUUGAAUGAAGAACUUAAUCGGACUGACUGGAAUAUGCUGAUUCUUCAUUAUCUUGGCUUGGAUCAUGUGGGACACACCGGUGGUCGCAAUAGUGUCUUGAUGGGCCCAAAACUCACGGAGAUGGAUGAAGUUAUUGAGAAAAUUCACUUGAGUACUAUUCAGACUCGAAAUAUUGACAAUGAAAGGACACUUUUGAUGGUAAUCAGUGAUCAUGGAAUGGCUGAAAAUGGUAAUCAUGGGGGGUCUUCAUUUGAGGAAACUGAUUCCUUGGCUCUUUUUAUUGGUUUGAGAAACUACUAUCAUGCAUCAGCCUCCCAUAUCACAGCUCACCAGGUUGACAUUGCUCCAACACUAGCUCUUCUUUUUGGUGUGCCGAUUCCUAAAAACAAUGUUGGCAUCCUGCUUAUGGAAAAUUUUCAUUCUUUGACAGAUGAUCAACAGCUAAGGGCAUUGGAGUUGAAUUCCUGGCAAUUACUUAGAUUACUUGAAGUUCAAUUACCUGAUUUAGCUUGUGGAAGUCUCUCAUGUAAUGUCUCGGGAGAUUUUCACUGGUACCAUGCCAAUAAAUGCACUGGUGGUGUAGAGGAGAUGUUUUGUUGCUUAUUUUUAGAUGCUGCAGCUCUUCACAAGUCAUGGAAGUCUAAGAAAGUUGCCGGGGCUAAUAAUAGAGACGACUAUAGUGCCUCUGUUUUGGCAUAUAAGGAGUUUCUAAAAACUGCAAGCCAGUGGAUAUCACGCAGAGCAACUAAUAGACCUAUUGGAUUACUUGCUGCUGGACUAGCAGUAAUGGUUCUGUCUUGUAUGUUGCUUUUGCGCCUCCUCCUUCAAUUAUGCCGAGAAGUUCACCUGAGGAAAGAGCCUCACCUCUCUGACGUAAAUAACAACAUGCACAAGGGGCAUUUGGAUCAGACUUUUGUCCUGGCUAUUAUCUUGAUCCUUGUUUUAAGUAUGGGGUCAAGUUCUAUGGUAGAGGAAGAGCAAUAUAUAUGGCAUUUUGUGACAUCCACACUUUAUUUGGUAUUACUCCGUAAAACGAUACAGUGCAUCCCCCCUGGGAUGGUGCAGGGGUCACUUGGUGCAAUCAGGGGACAAAAUCAAAGAAUCUAUAUUCAAACGUGUUCCACCAUUGUUAUUCUCGUUUCUGGAAGACUAUUGAGAGGCUGGCAUCAAGGUGGUGUAAACUGGACUCAUCUACCUGACAUUUCAAAAUGGCUCGAGCAGGCGGGAAGUGCUCAUAUAAAAGCGAUCCACCUGAUAUCUUGUCUCCUUGUGAUCAGCUUAAGCCUGUACACUCUUUCUUUGUUAUCGUCACAUAGAAAUUUUGUCAUGGUGGUUGGGUUUAUCUUUUUGUUUCCAGGAUUGUUGGUUCUGCAACACAUCAUUAAAUAUAAUAACAGCGGAUUUGCUGCCUCAAGUUAUGGUGCCACUUUAAUGGCGCAGAUAAUUUAUACAAUUCUUGGUAUAUUUACAUUGGUGAUUGUGAUUGCUUUACCAUGGCUUAUGCCAGUUCGGAAUCUAGAGACUUGCUCAAGGCCUGAUCUCUACUUGGCAACCGAUGUUCUAUCUGAUGUCCAAAGCAAGCUUCUGCUUGGGGGGUUUAGAGAUUCAACCUAUGUGAUUGGGUGGGUAUACAUGUUCUGCUGGUGUCUUCUACAGCUAUUGCUACAACAACCCAUAAACUCUAUGCCUGUUUUGUUGCUUCUCAUACAAAUCCUGGCUAGCAUGUGCUACUAUUCUAAUAGUGACUUGCAUCUUAAGCAGUGGGUUGAGGUGGGUGCACUAUAUUAUUUGGCAAUGGCGGGCCAUUUUGGUCUUGGUAACACCAAUACCCUGGCUACGAUUGAUGUUGCCGGUGCUUUCAUUGGCAUCUCCAAUCACUCGACAUUAUUUUCUGGCAUCUUAAUGUUCGUAAUUACAUACGCAUCCCCAAUGCUAGUUCUUCUUAGCAUGGUGAUGUACAUCUCUCUGAAGGACACAAUCCCACUUAUGAAUGCUCAGGAUGUGGAUUUUGGACAUCUUCUCAAGAUGACUGUUGGAUUUCCUUGUCUGGUUCCCCUGGGCUUGAACUCCAUUUUUUUGGUUGCAUAUACUAUUGUAUUGCUGUUAAUGAGGAAUCAUUUAUUUGUUUGGAGCGUCUUUUCUCCAAAGUACAUGUAUGUUUGUGCUACAACUACUUGCGUCUUUAUUGGAGCAUUUAUUGUGGCUUCAACGGGGAUUUAUACAUGCAUGGUAUUUUCUUUUCGGAGAAUGUUGCAGAAUUCCAGCAGAAAUGCCUCACAGGAGAGAAUGGUGUCUGGAUAA